AUGUUUGGAAAAUCAGCCAUAUAUCCAGCUUUAGAAGAGUUGAAACAACCUCUUUCACCAAAACAAUUAGAGAUUUUAAAGAAUCAAUUAGAAUCAGAAAAACCAAACGUAUCAUCGCAAUCCCUUUUUAAUUAUGCGUGGGGUCUUAUCAAAUCACCCCAUUAUAAAGACCAACAAGAAGGAGUGGAAAUAUUAACCAAUGUAUUCCGAGAUGAUCCAUCCAUGAGAAGAGAAUGUUUAUACUACUUGAGUCUUGGUUCUUACAAGAUAGGAGAUUACUCAAAUGCAAAACGUUAUGUGGAAACUUUAAUACAUGGUGAACCAGAUAAUACUCAAGCCAUAGCCUUAAAGGAAUCAAUUGAUGAUAAAAUCACUACAGAAGGUUUGAUUGGUAUUGGUAUAGUAGGUGGUGUGUUGGCUUUAGGUGUAGGUUUGGUUGGAGCUCUUUUAAGAAAGAAGAGACAUUGA